GAAAGGCAUGUGAGUAUCCCCCAUCGCGGUUUACGCGGGUCCCGUCUCCUCCUCUUCCCCGCCCCUGUCUGGUCAGAGUAGGUGGAGGGCGGUGUUAAACAGAGCUGCUUGGUUAUCCCCCUCUUGCGCAUGCGCUGGUUUACUGCCUUAGCUGAACCUUUGUCGUCGUUGUCGCCGCCGUCGCUGUAGUAGCGGCUGUAUUUGCUCCGGCUGCAUUUAGGCAAGGGCCGGACAUGCCGCCCCCAGGCCAGGUCCGGAUCCCGGACAGGGACUCGCUGAAGCUCCAGGUUCAGGCUAUGAUUGGCUCCCACCAGGUCAUGAUCUUCAGCAAAAGCUUCUGCCCCUACUGCACCAAGGUAAAAGAACUCUUUCGCUCUUUGGGAGUAGAAUAUAGUGCUUUGGAACUUGACAAGAUAGAUGAUGGCCCCACUAUUCAGGAUGUAUUACUAGGAUUAACAGGCCAGAGGACUGUCCCCAAUGUGUUUGUCAAUGGAACUCAUGUAGGUGGAUGUGAUCAGACUUUCCAGGCUUACCAUAGCGGCUUAUUGCAGAGGCUUUUAGGGGAUAGCAAAAAUGAAGUGAUGGAAGACUAUGAUUAUGACCUAAUAGUUAUUGGUGGAGGAUCUGGUGGACUUUCAUGUUCCAAGGAAGCUGCGAUGUUAGGAAGGAAGGUCAUGGUACUAGAUUAUGUUGUACCGACACCCAUGGGUACUACAUGGGGACUUGGUGGCACAUGUGUAAAUGUGGGCUGCAUUCCUAAGAAGCUGAUGCACCAGGCUGCCCUUUUAGGCCAGGCUCUUCAAGAUUCACGGAAGUUUGGUUGGGAGUACGAAGAGCAAGUAAAACACAAUUGGGAGACCAUGGUAGAAGCUAUUCAGAACUACAUUGGAUCCUUGAACUGGGGAUAUCGGGUAGCCUUGCGUGAGAAAUCUGUGACAUACCUCAAUGCAUUUGGAGAGUUCGUUGGGCCUCAUAAAAUUAAGGCAACCAACAGGAAAGGACAAGAAACUUUCCACACAGCUCAAGCAUUUGUUAUAGCCACAGGGAUGAGACCUCAUUAUGAAGGUUUCCCUGGAGAUAGAGAAUACUGUAUUACAAGUGAUGACCUCUUCUCCUUGCCCUACUGCCCUGGAAAGACUUUAGUUGUGGGAGCUUCUUAUGUAGCUUUGGAAUGUGCAGGAUUUCUUGCUGGCCUUGGUAUGGAUGUUACAGUUAUGGUGCGCUCUAUCCUCCUACGUGGCUUUGACCAAGAAAUGGCAGAGAGAGUGGGUGCAUAUAUGGAAACUCAUGGUGUAAAAUUCAUCAGGAAGUUUGUUCCUGUUGAGGUCAUGAAGUUAGAAGACAACAUGCCUGGGAGACUCAAAGUGAUUGCAAAAUCCACUGAUGGAUCACAGACAUUUGAAGGAGAAUACAACACUGUUUUGAUAGCUAUUGGUCGCGAUGCUUGUACCAAAAACAUUGGCUUGGAGAGAAUUGGUGUCACAGUUAAUGAAAAGAAUGGAAAAAUAUCUGUAAAUGAUGAAGAACAAACCAAUGUGCCUUAUGUUUAUGCUGUUGGAGAUAUUUUGGAAGGAAAGCUUGAACUCACACCACUAGCCAUACAGGCAGGCAAACUGUUAGCCCGCAGGCUUUUUGGAGGGAAUUCUACAAAGUGUGACUAUAUUAAUGUGCCAACUACAGUGUUUACACCUCUGGAAUAUGGCUGCUGUGGAUUAUCAGAAGAGAGAGCCAUUGAACGGCUUGGACAAGAGAAUAUAGAGGCAAGACACCAACUUUUCUGGCCACUUGAAUGGACAAUACCUGCUAGAGACAACAACACUUGUUAUGCAAAAGUAAUCUGCAAUAAACUUGACUGUAACCGUGUGAUAGGAUUUCAUGUUCUUGGACCGAAUGCUGGGGAAAUUACUCAAGGCUUUGGAGCUGCAAUAAAAUGUGGCAUCACCAAGGAACUGCUUGAUGAAACAAUUGGUAUACAUCCAACAUGUGCAGAGGUGUUCACAACAAUGGAGAUUACAAAAGCUUCGGGGCAAGAUAUCAGUCAGGCUGGCUGCUGAGGUUAAAUCCUGCUGUUUAAACUGUUUCUUGUUGGCCCCACUUAACCUAUAUUGAAGGUUUUCAGAAGCAUUUAAGUACACAUGGGUAAGGUUAAUUGAGAAUGCUAUCAGAUUGCAGUAUACUGCUGCUACAGAUGAUGCAUUUCUGAAACUUCUUUGAAGGGUAAUGGUGUCUUCAGGAAACACUAAACAGCAGGUAAACUAAUGCCUGACUUGCUUAGAAUGGCACUUAAAUGCCUUUUUGAUGUUUCGGUUCUGAACCUCUUCCAAAGGCGGGCUGCAACUGAUGACUUCUCUGCAAUGUCGGGAAAGCCUAUUCGUCCAAACAAGCUGAAUCCCUGAACAACCUCUGAAUCGCACAAAUCAAGUUCUUUAGUGCUUUGUAUGAAUGCAUUGGGCACAGCUGAAUGAGUAGUUAAUCAUUCUUGCUGGCAAUUACUCUGAGCUCAGUUCGGGUCACUGGUACAUUUGUUCUCUAAUGUGGAUGUUUCUUAUAUUUUUAAAUAUCCCAAGUUGUCAUUCACUGAAAAGCAUGUUUGGACAUGUAUUAUGUCCCUUUUAAAGAGAUGUCAAAGCUCAUAGAGCAUAUAGUGGGGAUUUUUAAUCCCCCGUUAUUUGUUGGCAGAGGGCAAAAUUAUCACUGCUAUGAACUUUAUGGAAAAGCUUGUGCUUCAGUAAAGUCCAACAGAGGAAUUCCCUAAGAAAUUAAAUUUCCACAGUCCCUCCCUACAUUUUACUUCUAGGGGGGGGGAAAUAUUGGUAAACUUGAACUUGUCCCUUUAUGCAACAACCACGUAGUUUCAGCCAUAAAAUGAAAUGCAUUUGGUCUGGAAAAUUACUAGUAUGCAAAUGAUUCAUUUAAAUUCUCAUAGAGAACACUGGGUUUAUAAAACAAAUCUGUGUACAUAAGUAGUGUGAAUUCAUGUGUCUCCCUUGGCAUUCCUUAUUUUUAGAAAGUACGCUUGGGUUUCACUCAUUUUGUUUUAAAAUGUGAGUUUGAAAUGCUUUGUCAAACUGUAUCAUAUAUAAACAGUUUUAAACUAUUUAUGGUGUAUCAUGGAAUUUAAAGUUCAAUAAAAUGAGCAGUCACAUGGUA